AAUUUUUAUUUUCUAUUUAAAUAAAAAUAUAAAAAAAUGAAGGUUGUGUAUAUGUUAAUUAAGUUAUUGAUUUAAAGAAGAUAAUGAGAUAUGUUAUCAUAUAACUAUUAAAAAUAAAAAGAUAAGUCUGGUAUGACGAAAGAAGCGUUCAGCGGUCUGUUAUGUGUAUCCAGUAUUAAAUUAAUUGGUGAGUUUGAAGGUACUUGUUAUUAUAAAAUCAUAGCACACAAGAACAAAAAGAAGAUAAAGAGGAAGAGGCAGAAGAAAAAGAAGAAGAAGAAAUUUUUUAUAUUUUGACAUAUUCACGGUGAAUAUGUCGCAGAAAAUAACUAUCAAGGAUGAGGAGAGAUCUAAAGCACCCGAUGGCGGCUGGGGGUGGUUUGUUUGUCUUGGCAGCAGCCUUAUUACGCUGUCACUUAGGUCACUUGAACCCUCAUUUGGUCUUAUAUUCCAUGAUUUAUUGACAGAUUUGAAAAUUGAUUCUACUAAAAUGUCAACAUUUCCUAGUGUUUUUGAUGCAUGUGCAAAUUUUUCAGGAAUUUUUGUGGGGCCAUUAUUGAACAAAUUUUCGUAUAGAAAAGUUGCAGCAUUUGGAGCUGUACUUUGUUGCACUGGAUUGACACUCACGUCAUUUGCUAAUAGUGUUACACAUAUUCUCAUUACUUACAGUAUUUUAAAUGGUAUAGGAAAUGGUUUGGCAAUAGCAUCAUCAUUCAUAGCAUUGAAUACAUAUUUUGAUAAAAAACGUGGUCAAGCUGUCAGCUAUUCAUCUGCUGGUACAGCCAUCGCAAUGAUGAUCGUUCCACAAGCAGGUCAUUUCCUACUUGGGCUCUAUGGAUUCAGAGGAACCAUGAUGAUAAUUGGCGCCUGGACAAUGCAUUCUAUUGUGGGAGCUUGUUUAUUACGACCUCUUGAAACCAAAACCUGUGAAAAAAUUUCAAUCGUCAAAAUCGAAACAAAUGAAAAAAUCUGCGAUGAAACUGAGCUGCCGCUGAUGGAGAAAUCUGGGGCGGAAAAAAAUUUAAAUGAAUCUCUUAGUAAAUUAGAUAACGAACAAGAUCAAAAAUGUUUGACUUUUUUAAAAACGUUUACUGAUAUAUUUAAUUUAGAUUUACUAAAUAAUUACUCGUAUUUAAAUGUCAUUUUUGGGCUAAGUCUAUUUGCUGUUUCUGAAGUUAAUUUUAAAUUAGUGACACCAUUUUUUUUACGUGAUACUAUUGGGAUGACUGAAGGUGAAGUUGCAUUUUGUUUAUCACUGACAGCAUUUACCGAUAUUAUAUCUCGAUUAAUAUUGCCAAUUAUUUAUGACAAAUUGGGAUUCAAAAAAAGACGUCUGUUUUGGAUAAAUGUACUGUGUCUUGCUAUUGGUAGAUCUGUUUUUGCCGAACGUACAAAAGGUAUCUGGCUCUUUGCAAUCCUGGUGAUAAAUGGAUUCAUCCGAGGAGCUGUGAUACAAAAUUUGAAUCUCUCAGUCUCGGAAACAUGUUCACUGAAGAGUUUGCCGCAUGCAUAUGGAUUUUAUAUGGUAUCAAAAGGAAUGUUUUCACUGGUUUUCAGUCCGAUCGUUGGAUACAUCCGGGACUACAGUGGUAGUUAUAGAAUUUGUUUACACUCGAUGAAUUCAUUAAUCGUUAUAUGUUUUAUUAACUGGGGCAUUGAGUUUGCAUGGGAAGCCAUCAAGAGUAGAAGAACAAAUCAAGAGAAAAAUGAAACAAUUAAAGUAGAAAAUAUUUUGGAAAAAGAUUUUUUGCCACCCGAUGGAGGAUGGGGUUGGAUAAUUAUUUUAGCUGUUGGUUUUUCAAAUUUUUGUUUAUUGGCGCUACUGCAAUCAUUUGGAUUAAUAUUUCGUGACCGAUUUAAACAGCUCGGCAUAACGUCAUCAGAAACAACAAUUAUUUUAAAUGUUAAUUUAGCGAUGAUUGCUUUCAUAGGUUUGGCUAAUGGACCUGUAUUUAGAAAAUAUACCUUUAGAAAAGUAUCAAUGAUUGGCGCGUUAGUUGCUGCGACCUCGACAGCUAUUUUAUCAACAAUUACAUCAUUCAGUGGCUUUCUUAUCUUUCUUGGAAUCUUUUAUGCUGGUGGAUUAGGAAUAACAUUGUCAGCAAAUGCGUUGGCAUUGAAUACAUAUUUUAAAGCAAAAAGAAAAAUAGCUGUUGGUUUAAGUUGGACUUGCACUGGAUUAGGACCAAUAAUAAUGCCUCAGGUUAUUACAAUUUUAAUGCCUAAUUUUGGAGUACCUGGAACUCUGUUAAUUUUAAGUGGAAUUUCAUUGAACGCAGUCGCUUGUGCAUUACUUCUACAACCAGUAAUGUGGCACGCUAAAAAAGUAUCUAAAGAUACAAUUGAUCAAGAAGAUAGUUUAAUGAUGGAAAAAUUUGAUGAUGAAAAUUUGGAAAAGAGAGAUAGAAUAUUUGAAAAACGACUAAGUAAAUUUGGUAGCCAAUAUCUUUAUUAUGACGACGAAGGAAAAGGAGCCACUGGUAUCGAUGUCAUCACUCCUGGAACUCCAAUGAUGUCACGUUCUAAUGAUGGAUGGUUUUCUCAAAAACAAACUUCGUUGACGUCUUUGUCGUCGAAUAAAAAUUACAAACGUGAAAACUCAAAAUUACAUCUUUCUAUGGGUUCUAUAAAAAAUUCAAGUCUUUUGACGUUAAGUAACGAAAAUAUGAAAAAUGGUAACAGUGAAAAUGAAAUAAGAAAACUUUCAAAACAAUUAAGUAUCCCAUUAAUAAUAGUAACGGAAGUAUUAAAUGAAGCUAAGGAUGAAAAAGAAGUUGAGGCUCAAGAAUCUGAAAAAUUAGCGGAAAUGGAUUCACCGGAGGUGAGUUUGAUGAAGGACAACAAGAGGAAGAUCCGAAGUUCAUUAAAAGAUUUUUUUCUCGCAGUUGUUAAAUUUUUCGAUUUCGAUCUACUGAAAGAUCACGUAUUUGUAAAUAUAAUCCUGGGAAUAAAUUUUGCAAAUUUUGUGGAAAUGAAUUUCACAAUGCUGACACCAUUUAUUCUCGCUGAUUACGGGUUACAAAAACCACAAGUUGCUGCUGUGAUGUCAGUAUUAGGCGCCAUGGAUGUAAUCGCCAGAUUUUCGGUGCCUUUUAUUACCGACAAGAUAAAUCUUAACAACAGAACAUUUUUUCUAAUCGGCAUUGCUUGUAUGGCUGCCGGACGGAUAAUUUUAGCGCAUGUAAGCUCCUAUGAGGUAAUAUUAGCUAUUGGAGUACUAAUAGGAUUCGGAAAGGCAUUGAGAACAAUAUUCAUGGCUUUGGCUGUCCCAGAACACGUGCCCCUUGAAAGAUUACCCGCAGCCUCCGGUCUACAAUUGGUCUCCAGCGGGAUUAUUUCAUUUUCCUUUGGUCCAAUUGUCGGAUGGAUCAAAGACCUGUGUGGGAGUUACUCUUCGUUACUUCAUAUUAUUAAUAUUAUUACUUAUCUUACCAUUUUAUCUUGGACUAUUGAAAUGUCUUUGCAUAAAUUUAAUUAUAAAAAAUAGUAAAAUUACUCUAUAGAAUAAAUAAAAAAUAUUAAAAUAAAAUAAAAUAAUAAUACUGAUUAGGGUGAGCCAAAAAAACCAACCUAUCGAAUUUACGUCUUAAAAAGGACCUAUAUAUCGAGAAAAAAAUUCUCCCAUUGGGCAAAAUUUUUAGCUCGAUUUUAAAAGGUGUCGGUAGCCAUUUGAAAUUUACCAUUUAAAUAACAUGCAAAAAAAUUUCUUUUGAUUGAAAAUAUUGUAACUUUUGAACCAUGUGAGACAAAAUUUCGGCUCUAGAAUAUUCAUGUAGGGCAUUAAAUUUCUUAAAAGAAAGUCCUGGGAGUCGAAUUUGUAAACUUGAUAUUUCGUAUACUAACAGGCUAUCAAAGUCUAGAGUAAACAGAAUCAUACAAAUUUAAGGCUUUAUUUAGAUUUUCCAAAUACUUUUCUUUUAUUGUGAUCGAUAACAAAAUAUUAUUUGUUACAACGUGGAUAUUGUUGGUAUAAAUUACACAUAUACACGCUUGACAGAGGAAAAAUUUCUAAUUCACACCGCCUAAAUUUAAUACGAUACUUAGUGUAAUUUUCACACCACAAUUUUUACACAAACAUUUACACUACACCGAGUCCAAUAAUAUUUUACAGUGUAGAGAAACUAAAAUUUGAAAAACGCAUUUAGGUUUUCAUAACGUACAAAUGAAGAACCUUAUUAGCUAAAGGAAAAACUUUUGUCAGCUAUUAAUAUUGAUCCUAAAUGUUUUUUAAAAUUAUCCGAUAUUUUUGCGAAUUAUAACUACAUCGAAAAAAGUUAACUCGAAUCAAGAAAAAUUUUCUUGCACCAAGUAAAUAAUUAUCUUACAAUUUUUAUCUUGAAUCAAAUUUUUUUUUCUCAAGUCAAUAUAUUUUUAUGCUUAAAUCGAAAAUUUUUGUACGAC